AUGGUGCUAGGCAACGAUUUUCAUGUGGACUAUAUGCUGACCGGUAUGGACGACGAGGAAACAGGGUACGAGCUGUGCAAGCAACUUCUCGAUUUACUGCAAUCCGCCGGUUUCAGCCUUCGAAAGUGGGCGUCUAACUCAAAAGCUAUCUUGUCGCAGAUUCCGUCAGAACUGCGUGACGAACGAUCACCAUCCACUGACACGUAUAGCUACGGAGUCCCUAACUGGUCGCAGGAAGCGGUUAUUACUCGUCGCGCCGUGGCAUCUGACGCUGCUAAAUUAUUCCUACCUACCUACCUACCUCUCGGAUUACUCGGUCCCGUCGUGAUUCUGGCUAAGAUCUUUAUCCAAUCCCUGUGGCAGACAACGUCUUCAUGGGACGAACCACUGUCUGUACAGCAGCAGCAGUACUGGACCGAAUUUCGCAAAAGUUUAGAAGACAUUUCUUCCAUUUCCGUUCCACGAUGGGUAUCCUUCGCUCAUAAUCCAAUCUUGAUAGAAAUGCACGGAUUCUGCGAUGCAUCCGAGCGAGCUUAUGGUGCCUGCAUUUAUCUGCGGACCGUGUCUAUCGACGGAACCAUCUCCGUAAGGCUCAUGGCUGCUAAAUCGAAGGUUGCACCUACUGGAAAGUCGAAGAAGCAGACCGUACUAACGUUACCUAGGUUGGAGCUGCCGUCGGCACUACUACUGGCUCAUCUACAUCAUAAGAUCGUCGAAAGCAUCGAACUGAAUACGAAGCCCUUCUUUUGGACUGACUCCAUGAUAGCGCUUUGUCAAAUCCGCUCACCUCCCGGUCGUUGGAAAACAUUCGUAGUGAAUCGAGUGUCUGAAAUUCAACGGCUCACUAGCGGUGGAACCUGGGUCCAUGUUCCCGGCACCGAAAACCCUGCGGAUAUCAUUUCGCGCGGAAUGAGUCCAGCUCAGCUGAGAGAAACACCGACCUGGUGGAGUGGAUGUCAAUAG